GCUCUUCAUUCACCUCCAAAACCCCUUUUCCUUUUCCAUUUCCCUCUUCUCUCUCCCCUUUUGUUUGUUCACACACUGAAACACUAUAUACUAAAGAGCAGUGUGUGUGAGAAAAUGGUUGUAACUAAGAUACUCUGCAUUACUACUACUCUUCUCUGUUUUCUUACCGCCGUCAAUGCAAAAAUCCCCGGCGUUUACACCGGCGGCCCCUGGCAAGGAGCCCAUGCCACCUUCUACGGUGGCUCCGACGCUUCUGGCACUAUGGGUGGAGCUUGUGGAUAUGGGAAUCUGUACAGCCAAGGGUACGGAGUGAACAAUGCAGCACUGAGCACAGUACUAUUUAACAAUGGGCUAAGUUGCGGAGCCUGCUUUGAAAUUAAGUGUGUUGACGAUGAUAAAUGGUGCCUUCCCGGUAACCCGUCGAUUUUCGUCACGGCUACAAACUUUUGCCCACCAAAUUUCGCUUUGCCGAACGACGACGGUGGGUGGUGUAACCCACCUCGUCCUCAUUUUGACUUAGCUAUGCCUAUGUUUCUCAAAAUUGGUCUGUACCGUGCCGGUAUUGUCCCCGUCAGUUACCGCCGAGUAGCGUGCAGAAAAGCAGGAGGGAUCCGAUUCACAAUAAACGGGUUCCGUUACUUCAAUUUGCUAUUGGUGACAAACGUGGCGGGUGCAGGGGACAUCCAGAAGGUUCUUAUUAAGGGCACAAACACACAGUGGAUAGCAAUGAGCCGAAACUGGGGGCAAAAUUGGCAAACCAAUGCUGUUCUUGUGGGCAAGGCCUUGUCCAUUAGGGUUAAAGCUAGUGACCAUCGCAGUGUCACCUCUAACAACGUGGCACCACCUAAUUGGCAGUUCGGACAAACCUUUGUGGGCAAGAAUUUCCGGGUCUAGAUCCAGUUUUCACUAACCCGACCCGAAACCCAAAUUUAUUUACGAGCACAAUUACUAAUAAGUUAUACGAUAAAUUUUGAAAGAAAAAAAAAUUCCUAUGAUUUUUCCUAGGCUUCAGUGUUUCUCUUUUUUACUAGGUAAUUUUGAAGUCCUAGGGGGAAGUAGUAUCUUCUUUUUACCUUCUUUAUCAACUUUAUGGGGAAUUGUUUUUUUUCACUUUAGUGUCUUUUUUUUGUUUUUUACUUUUUGUUAUGAAGUGGUGUGAUGGUAAAAGUGAAAAAGCUAAAUGGAGGCUGAAGCGGCUGCAAAAGCACCCAAAAAAAUAGGGUAAGCAUGUAAGCCCGCAGCUCUAUUUGCAUGUUACUACUAGUUAUGUGCAAUGGAACAUCAUAUGUUUCCUAUGAAUACGAAGAUAAUAUACUUUCUAUUUUAUAUA